AUGCAGGGUCAUGAGGCAUCGGGCCCCGGUGUGCUCGCAGGCCUCCCGUCAACACUCAAGACUGUGAUAGGCAACCCGACGACGUCACCGCUCGGUGAGGUCUCAUCAACAAUCUCCUCGAUCCAAACUCCUUCCUCUUUAUCACGCCAACAGAUCGAAGCCAAUUUGCAAUAUGUCCUCAAGUCUCUCUCCUCCGAAUAUGUUGGUGGGCGGAUGGUCGAUGGUGGCAACUCCUCCGGGUCGACCGGCUCGACCACGAAAGGCGUCUUGAUCGGCCUGUUUUCAGCUUUUGGAUCAGCGGCGAUCGCGUUAACGAUACUUGCGAUUUUCUUUUUCUUUAAAUACACCAAUAGGGGCCGCAUUAUGCUCGAUCGCAUGGGCCGACCGGGUGAAUACGAUGAUGAACAAGCAUUUGCGCGGGAGGAAGAGACAGCCCUGGAGGCGAUGGAUGACUUGGCACGGUCGGAAUAUAUUCGAGCCAAAUCUUUUGUACAAGCCAAUCCCCCCGAAUCCAUGCAGACCGAUAUCUCCUUAUCACAAUUUUUGGCCAUACAAGAAAAGGGCGUCUCAGCGUGGGAAUUUCAGCCUGAGCUGGAGAUUGCCAAUUGUUUUGUGGAAGGUCGUACCGAGAUUGAGUUCUUCGACUCGGAAUGCAGCGUCCAGACCAAUCUACCCAUUCCCAAGCAGAAUGAUGUUUACUACUGGGAAGCUAAGAUUUACGACAAACCUGACUCAACCAUGAUUGGAAUCGGUUUAACUACCAAGCCUUAUCCAUUGUUUCGAAUGCCUGGCUUCCACAAAACCUCCGUCGCCUAUCAAUCAACAGGACACCGCAGGCAUAAUCAACCAUUUUCUCCAACCCCAUACGGUCCACCUCUCCUACAAGGCGAUGUUAUUGGUGUAGGAUACCGCCCUAGGUCGGGCACGAUUUUCUUCACUCGCAACGGCAAAAAACUAGAGGAUGUGGCUCAUAACUACCGCAGUCAAAAUCUAUUUCCAACCAUUGGGGCCAAUGGCCCCUGCAGCAUCCAUGUUAAUUUUGGACAAAUGGGGUUCGUAUUCAUCGAAGCGAAUGUAAAGAAAUGGGGCCUGGCCCCAAUGACCGGGAGCCUCGCCCCGCCCCCACCAUAUGGCAGUGAACAUGGCAGCAUUUUACUCGAAUCAGGACGGGAGAGUGCUGCACAAAUCUCUCAAAGGGUCUAUCAAACCCAUACCGCGAGAAGCUCCAGUGUUGGUCUUCCGCAGGCGGUCAGCCCUGGCCCGAUCCGCUCUCCGACUGACAUUUCCCUUGCCCAGCUGGCUCACAUUCAUUCCAAUGAGGAUGCUGGGGAGGGAUCCAGCCGAAUUGCCGAUGGCGAGGAUGAUCCCACGGAUGCACCUCUACUGCAUGAUGCUCCCGACCAUGAAGAUGUGCCGCCUCCAGAAUAUUCAAGCCCCGGAAGCAGUCGCAGAGGCAGUGAUGCCUCUUUAGAAUUCCCCAAUCGGGAUUCCAAUGAAUUCAGCACACCCUUGAACAACGCUGAGGAUCUAGAAGCUCAGAACCUCCCAAGCUACCAAGCCGUGGUAGACCGGGAGUUUACUAGACAACACGAAUAA